UUUAUCGUCCUUUUAAAAAAAUGGCCAAGGCUAAAACUGGAGCGGUUUGGGAGGAUAGAGAAGUACUUUUCGAUCUACCCUUUGCCUACCUGAAGCUGCGACCUGGAGAGAAGAUCUUUGACCGGAUCGAGCCGAUUGAGGAUACGAAAGGCAACAGCGGCACCAAAGGCAGGAUGGUGGUGACCAACUUGAGGAUCAUCUGGCACUCCUUGUCAUCACCGAGGAUUAAUAUUUCUAUCGGCCUAAACUGCAUGAUAUCAACCAGCACCAAAGUGGUGAACUCUGGCCUGAGGGGCACCAUGCAAGCGCUGUACGUCUUGGCUGCGUACAAGUCCAACAGAUACGAGUUCAUCUUCACCAACCUGUCUCCGAACUGCGUCAGACACUACACCUCUGUCGUGGGGGUCCAUAAAGCAUACGCAGCUUCAAAAAUGUAUCGGGAUCUGAAACUUAGAGGAGCCAUCAUACACAGUAAACAACUGAGAAUGCUGCCUCAGGAAAAGAUCUGCCUCAAUGAGCACAGUAUCUGGAACCUGUCGAGUGACUCCGGCAACCUGGGCACGCUGCUGGUCACCAACGUGCGGGUCGUCUGGUACGCGGAGGUCAACGACGCCUUCAACGUCUCCAUGCCAUACAUCACUAUUGAGAGUAUUUCCAUCCGCGACUCCAAAUUCGGCGAAGCCCUCGUAUUUGUCGUGCGUCCCACUUCUGGAGGCUACGUGCUGGGCUUCAGAUGUGACCCUAAGGAGAGACUAAGGCCCUUGCUGACGGAGCUGCAAGCAUUGCACCAAGCGUACACUGAGAGACCCAUCUUUGGCUUGGAAAUGACUUGGGGCAAUGAGACAUCGAAACCAACUACUGACAACAUCGAAGAGCUGGAAGAAAUAGGGGAACCUAGAGGAGAAAUGGGCCCAAAUCUGUAUUUAGCUUCUCAACUGUCACAGAAUAAAGGAGAAGCUGAAGUACAGCCGGUGUAUAGCCCUUACUUGGGAUUAGCAAUUGAACCCUUGAAAGAAGGGUUCACGUUGAAGAGUUUAUUUGAAGUUCAAACAACAUCCUAA